UACAAUGUAGUUAGAGCUAUGGCCUAUAGCCCGUGACUUUCACAAGUCCCGCGAACAAGCUCAGCUAUAGUUGUGCGCGCGCUCCCGUUAGAUAUUGUGUAUUGAUGUGCAGGGAGGUGGGCUACAGAAUCUCAUGCGUUAGGAUCUAAUUCUGGACGUCUCGCCCCUCUUUUUUGCCUUUACUCCGACUCUAAUCUUGCAACAUUAUAGCCAGAAGAGCACACUAAGCACACACAACAACGCCUUCCCGUCAUGGUUAUCGAAUGUCUAGUCUUGGGCGCGGGGCAAGAGGUGGGGAAGAGCUGCGUGGUUGUGACGAUAAAUGGGAAGAGAAUAAUGUUUGACUGCGGAAUGCACAUGGGCUAUCUUGACCACCGCAGAUACCCUGACUUUUCUUUGAUUUCUAAGUCUCAUGACUUUACCCGUUCCCUCUCGUGUAUAAUCAUCACACACUUCCACCUGGACCACAUUGGAGCACUUCCAUAUUUUACUCAAGUUUGUGGCUACAAUGGCCCCAUUUACAUGACGUAUCCAACAAAAGCCUUGGCUCCGCUGAUGCUUGAGGAUUACCGAAAAGUGAUGGUUGACAGAAGAGGGGAGGAAGAGCAGUUUAGUUCGGAGCAUAUCGUUGAAUGUAUGAAGAAAGUCACUGCAGUGGAUCUGAAGCAGACUAUACAGGUUGAUGAAGACCUCCAGAUCCGUGCAUACUAUGCAGGGCAUGUUCUGGGGGCUGCAAUGUUUUAUGCCAAAGUUGGAGAUGCUGCCAUAGUGUAUACAGGGGAUUACAAUAUGACACCUGAUAGACAUCUUGGAGCAGCUCAAAUUGAUCGACUGCAGCUGGAUCUCGUUAUAACGGAGUCAACCUAUGCUACAACAUACCGUGAUUCAAAAUAUGUUCGAGAGAGGGAAUUUCUGAAAGCAGUUCACAAAUGUGUUGCUAGUGGAGGGAAGGUUCUGAUUCCUACAUUUGCUUUGGGGAGGGCUCAGGAACUCUGUAUGCUGUUAGAUGACUAUUGGGAGAGGAUGAAUCUUAAAGUUCCUAUAUAUUUCUCAGCAGGUUUGACCAUACAAGCAAAUAUGUAUUAUAAAGUUCUCAUCAACUGGACCAGCCAAAAGGUCAAAGAUACUUAUGCCACACGUAAUGCAUUUGACUUCAAAAAUGUCCUCAGUUUUGAUCGUUCCUUGAUAAACGCUCCUGGAGCUUGCGUUCUUUUUGCUACUCCAGGAAUGAUUAGUGGUGGUUUCUCACUUGAAGUUUUUAAGCAGUGGGCUCCAUGUGAAAAGAAUCUUGUCACACUGCCAGGAUACUGUGUGGCUGGAACUGUAGGACACAAACUGAUGUCGGCCAAGAUACCAACCCAAAUUAGGCUCGAUGAAGAUGUCCAAAUUAAUGUGCGAUGCCAGAUUCAUCAGUUAUCUUUCAGUCCCCAUACUGAUGCCAAAGGAAUCAUGGAUCUCGUGAAGUUCCUAUCCCCUAAGCAUGUUAUUCUUGUACAUGGUGAAAAGCCUAAAAUGGUUACACUCAAAGAAAAAAUUCAGUCCGAACUGGGAAUUCAAUGUUAUCUUCCUGCCAAUAGUGAAUCUUUGUGCAUCCCGACAACUCAUCACAUAAAAGCUGGUGCCUCUGAUGCAUUUGUCCGGAGCUGUUUGAGCCCAAACUUCAAGUUUUUGAAAACUAACUCAGCUGAAUUGGAUGAUUCCCACAAGAGAACAAUGCCUCUGUUGCAGGUUUAUGAUGACAGAGUAUCUGAAGGGAUACUAACCCUGCAGAAGAACCAGAGCCCAAAAGUUGUGAAUCAAAAUGAAUUUAUGGAAGCGUUAGGAGUAGAAAAACACGAAGUGAAGCUUGCUCAUUGUUUCCGAGUAUAUAUUCCCGAUUCAGAAAGUGGAGAUGCAUCAGAUUGUUUGCCUUCGACGUCCCGCAAAGGCUCAUUGCUGCACUUGAUAUCUGAAAAACUUUGCAGAGAACUCCCCGAUUUUGAUGUUCAGGACUGCCAAGAACAUAUUCAGAUUCAGUCGGUCGUUGUCUCUUUUUGUUCAAAUGAAAAAUGCCCUCACAGAACUGGUGUUAGUUUGCAGAGUGUAGAUAAAAAGGAGGUUCAUUUUUGCUGCAGCUGGUCAGUAGCAGAUGACGCGCUUGCUUGGAGAAUUGUUGCAAGCAUAAAGAAUUUGGAGUUGGACACUUAAAGCUAUAUGCAAACAAAGUGCUAAUCGUUGGUUGAUUCCGCUGGGAAAUCUCUAAGCCAUUCUCCUGCUUUUUUAACAUGAGGGAUAACAAAACGAUCAAGAUGUUCAGGUGAUCUUUUCGGCCACGAGUACACCAGUUAGCAUAGUUUUGAAAUUCGGAACUGUGAGCACUGUGCCAAACCCUCAACUGGAUUUGCACACCUUGGGUUAGGAGAUGCAGAGUCUCCAAUGCCUUGCGCAGAACUCAGACGAACUUAAAAGGAUUCCAUAUCUAUAUUCGAGUUAUGUUUAGAUUUCUUGAAUGUUUGUUGAUUAGAUUUUGAACACUGAUUGUUUCUUUUACUAGAAAUUAAUAUAUCAUACACAUCAAUUAUAUAACUGUAUUUGUACCAUUUUAUUUAUUGUAAUCAUUAUGAUUAUUAUUUCUAUUUUAGUUUAUUAUAAAAGUAUGAAG